AUGCGGAGCACAAAGAGCGAGGGGGCUCCCUCGAGUUCGCCGAGCCUGCUCGAGCGGCUACAGUCUCAGCCACCGAAGAUCUUUGCGGCCGUCAAGGAGAACCUCGUGCGCGACUGGCUCAACCACGUAGCAGGCUUCUUUCGCGCGCUGGCUCUCGUACAGUCGGACGUGUUGCUGCUGCAGAGCUUCAUGCUCACCUCCUCUAGCUUCACGAUCUUCCGGCUGGGCAAGGACGCGCAGUACACCGCCGUCGGCUACGCCUUCCUCUUUGCCUCGCUGUCCGGCUUUGCAACCUUCAAGAUCGCGCGCGAUCGGUUUGUGUGGCUCACUGAGGAGGAGGAGGCGAUCUACGCGGCGCACUUCAAUGACGAUGAGGAUGCUGGCAAGAACAUGACCAAGCCUCUCUUCAAGAAGCUGAUGAGCAUCGCCAGGAGAGCCGAGUGCGACGCCGACUUCACCGUGCUUGAGCGAGGCAAGACAUCGGGCCUCGCGCUGCUCGUCGACGGGACCGCCACGAUCUCCUCCUCGACGUGGUCGACAUCGAUGCUCGGCAACACGGAGGAGGCGAUGCAGUACCGCCUCCGCAGCUUCCCGACGACUGCCCAUGCACCCGUCGAGAUUGUACGCGGUCGUGGUUUCUAUGGCGAGGUCUCUUUUGUGCACGGGCUCACCAGCGGCCGGAAUGACGCCGCCCGCGCGGACGUGAGCUUCUCGGCAGGGAGCCGCUACAUCUUUUGGGACGGCGAGGAGCUGCGCGCGCUGCUGAAGAAAAAUCCGGCCCUCUCGAACGCGCUCAUCGCGUGCGUCUCGAUGACCAUCUCACGCAAGCUCUACGACACGACCACCUCUGUCGACAGCACAAGCAGGGACCUCCAAACCGCGCGCACAGAGCUGGACGAGGAGGUGUAUCGCCGCGACGCCAUCAGUGUGGCGCUGCACGCUCUCGUGGAGCAGAAGGAUUGCGAGGAGCCCGGCAGCGGCGCGAAGCUCUUUGCCUACCUCGAGGACUUGAGAGCCAAGCGCGCAAGCCGCCUUGGCCCCGUUGCAGCCGCUGGAACCGCGACGUGUGACCAUGACGCACGCGCCCACCGCAGGCACGCGAUCUCGGGCGAGACGCACGAGCGGAUGCUCAAGGAGCUGCGCCUCAAGCUGAGCGACGACGAGCGCAUCCUUGGCCCGGACGCGCCGUCGCUGAUCGACCUCUGCAGCCGGCUGGUCGAGCGCGUGCGGCCAGAGGCCAAGAUUGACCGCCGCGUAAACCUGUUGAAGGGCGGCGGCUCCCGACACCCUUCCUUCGUGGUGCGUCAGGGCUCGGUCCACUACGGGGACGGGCCUGGAUAG